CCAAUUUUGUCACUGUUCUUAAUAGUAACGAAUCAUUGGCGUUCUGCUUGUUGAAUGCCGUGUUAUAAUUGAUUUUGUUGCUGAAAAUAACUAAAUAAACAUGUCUGAGAAAAAGUCUGUAAAUCCUGUAAAAUAUUUCUUAUCUGGUGGGUUUGGUGGAGUAUGUACGGUUGUUGCAGGGCAUCCCCUAGACACCAUCAAGGUGAGACUGCAGACUAUGCCCAAACCUGCUCCUGGUGAAACUCCAGCAUAUACAGGGACAUGGGACUGUGCCAAGAAGACAAUCAAAAGAGAAGGAUUUUUGGGGUUGUAUAAAGGAAUGGGUGCACCAAUUGCGGGAGUUGCCCCAAUAUUUGCAAUUAGCUUCAUGGGAUUUGGAGUUGGAAAACGAAUGCAAAUGAAGUCUCCUGAUGACGAAUUGACUCUGACACAGCUGUUUCUUGCUGGGGCCUUCUCAGGAAUCUUUACUACUUCUAUAAUGGCCCCAGGAGAACGUAUUAAGUGUUUGCUUCAGAUUCAGCAAGGUGGUACUGCUCCUCCCAAAUAUGCUGGUCCAGUUGAUGCUAUAAAACAGCUGUACAAGGAAGGAGGAAUUAGGAGCAUUUAUAAGGGAACCUUUGCCACCUUGCUGAGAGAUGUGCCAGCUAGCGGCAUGUACUUCAUGACGUAUGAAUUAGUUCAGAGAAUCCUUACACAGCAUUCAAAAAGUGGUGAGAUAGGAGUCGUGAGCACUGUCUUUGCAGGAGGAAGUGCUGGCAUUGCUAACUGGCUGGUGGCAAUGCCUGCAGAUGUGCUCAAGAGUAGGCUGCAGACAGCUCCAGAAGGCACAUUUCCUAAUGGGAUCCGAGAUGUCUUCAAAGUCUUGAUGAAAGAAGAAGGACCUGUAGCUCUGUACAAGGGAGUGGUUCCUGUAAUGUUACGAGCCUUUCCUGCUAAUGCAGCUUGUUUUAUAGGUUUUGAGUUAUGCAUGAAGUUUCUAAAUUUUGUGGCACCUAACUAUUGACCUUGACGGAGGCCUUAUAAAUAUAAUUGCUCAUUGCCUUCUUCAUUAUCAUUGGAAUUUGGCAUUCUCUCAGUUGGCUGCCAUUGCUGUUCCAUAGCAUGUCGAUCAUGAGAACUCUAGAGGGAUUCAGUGCACUAGGUUCCCCACAGUAAAGAAUUAAGGAAAGGAAAUUGCCUUCUGAACUUUAUUCUGUAAUUUUACAAAAUAUUCCAGUACGUCCAGAUGUAUAUAAUCAGCAUUUCAUCACAUUACCAAUAGAGGCACAGCAAGGGAGGAAUAAUAUUUUUUUAAUUCACAUGUAUGACUGUGUUAUGUAUAACAAAUAUAUAUUUUAAAUACUUAAAGUCACAUACAAAUUCCAGUAUCAAGAACUGGGGCAAUAAAAGAAUUGGCAUGUAUUUGAUCUAGUGAAUAUGGUCUUGUUUUUGUCUAAUGAGGUGUUAUGUCUGGUAUCCCUCUUCAGACAUUUGACAAGGAUGCAAAAGUAGCCUUAUUCUUAGAAACAGGAUCUGACACUGAUUUUUUUUUUUAAGGGGGGUCUGUAAUUGCUUAAUAUUUGCUUGCUUCAUUAAAGUUGGUCAUUGAAUUGUAACUUGUGAAUCCCUCUGGAAUAUAUACACAGAACUGCAAAAAUAUUAAUUUUAUAA